UGUACAGAUGCUCCUCGACUUAUGUUCGGGUUACAUCUUGAUAAACCCAUCAUAAGUUGAAAAUGCAUUUAAUACUACACUGUAGAACAUCACUUGUUUACCCUCGUGAUGACAUGGCUGACUGGGAGAUUCGGUUUACUGCUGCUGCCCAGCAUCGGGGAGAGUAUCAUACUGCACAUUGCUAUCCCGGGAAAAGACCACAAUUCAAAAUCCAUCAUGUUACACAAAAUGGAGGGCUAUAUAAAAGACCAUUUAAUGAAGCUUUUGAAGAAACACCAAUGCUGGUUGCUGUGCUUACUUACGUGGGGUAUGGUGUACUCACCCUCUUUGGAUAUCUUCGAGAUUUCUUGAGGCAUUGGAGAAUUGAGAAGUGUCACCAUGCAACAGAAAGAGAAGAACAAAAGGACUUUGUGUCAUUGUAUCAGGAUUUUGAAAACUUCUAUACACGGAACCUCUACAUGAGGAUUAGAGACAACUGGAAUCGACCGAUCUGUAGUGUGCCUGGAGCCAGGGUGGACAUCAUGGAGAGACAAUCUCAUGAUUACAACUGGUCAUUCAAGUACACAGGGAAUACAAUUAAAGGUGUUAUAAACAUGGGUUCCUACAACUAUCUUGGAUUUGCACGGAAUACUGGAUCAUGUCAGGAAGCAGCCGCCAGAGUCCUAAAGGAGUAUGGAGUUGGCGUGUGCAGCACUCGGCAGGAAAUUGGGAACCUGGACAAGCAUGAAGAACUAGAGAAGCUUGUGGCAAGUUUCUUGGGAGUAGAAGCUGCUAUGGCAUAUGGCAUGGGAUUUGCAACAAAUUCAAUGAAUUUUAGCAAAGUAAGACAGUCUGGUUGCCUGAUUCUGAGUGAUGAACUGAACCACGCAUCACUGGUUCUAGGAGCCAGACUCUCAGGAGCAACCAUUCGAGUCUUCAAACACAACAAUAUGCAAAGCCUAGAGAAACUAUUGAAAGAUGCCAUUGUUUAUGGUCAGCCUCGGACUCGAAGGCCCUGGAAGAAGAUUCUAAUCCUUGUGGAGGGAAUAUAUAGCAUGGAGGGAUCUAUUGUUCGCCUUCCCGAAGUGAUUGCCCUAAAGAAGAAAUACAAGGCAUACUUAUAUCUAGAUGAAGCUCACAGCAUUGGGGCUCUGGGCCCUACAGGUCGAGGUGUGGUAGAUUACUUUGGUCUGGAUCCUGAGGAUGUGGACGUUAUGAUGGGAACAUUCACCAAGAGCUUUGGUGCUUCUGGAGGAUACAUUGGAGGCAAGAAGGAGCUGAUAGACUACCUGCGAACACAUUCUCAUAGUGCGGUGUACGCCACAUCACUGUCACCACCUGUUGUGGAGCAGAUCAUCACCUCUAUGAAGUGCAUCAUGGGGAAGGAUGGCACCACCCUUGGCAAAGAGUGUAUACAGCAGUUAGCUGAAAACACAAGGUAUUUCAGGAGACGUCUGAAAGAGAUGGGCUUCAUCAUCUAUGGAAAUGAAGAUUCUCCAGUGGUACCAUUGAUGCUCUACAUGCCAGCCAAAAUCGGCGCCUUUGGACGGGAGAUGCUGAAGCGGAACAUUGGUGUAGUUGUGGUGGGAUUUCCUGCUACCCCAAUCAUUGAGUCCAGAGCCAGGUUUUGCCUGUCGGCAGCUCAUACCAAAGAAAUUCUUGAUACUGCUUUAAAGGAGAUAGACGAAGUUGGGGACCUAUUACAACUGAAGUAUUCCCGUCAUCGGUUGGUACCUCUAUUGGACAGGCCCUUCGAUGAGACUACAUAUGAAGAAACAGAAGACUGAGCCUUUUUGGUGCUCCCUUAGAGGAACUCUUCCUCACCCGGGACAGUGUGUGGCCUUUCUGAGCCAGUUCCAGGAACCACACCUCUGUGGCCAUCUCAUACGAAAGACAUUUCCUCAACUGACGGUGGCCACCUCCACUCUAAAUGGCAUUUUGUAAAUAGUAAAAAAACUGCUUCACAUCCUUCUUUUGCUACAUUUCACCUUUUUUUUUUUUUUUCCAAAAAAAAGGCUCACUUUUCUUUUUUUGUCCAUUAAAAAAUGUUUUAUUUUAUAACUAUUCUACUUGUGAAAUCACACUGACCCUAGCCUGUGUCUGCUAACCACGCAGACCAUCACCCUCUCCCAGCCACCUCGCAGACGUGGGCCCAUUCAAAGUUCCUGCUAGCCCUGGCUCUACAGCCUCAAGACUCACCUGGCCCACCUCCCUAGGGAGCAAGUGCCUUCCACUUACUUCCACUCCAGAUCUCAGAGGCUACCAACCUUGACAUUUCUUAUUUAACCAGUCAAGUAAUCAACCCAAGUGUUUUCCCUUUAGUUUCUUAAGUUUAGCCGUUUAAGUAAAACAGUAAACGCUAACACUGCGGAAAUUCCCCCGUGUUGUAUAACUCCCUCCGGUCAUGAUCCUCCCAGGGCUUGGUCUUAUUCCAUUUUGUUCUCUCGCCAUCAAAUAUUUCUUCUUGCUGGUCACAGUCUGAGGGUAUGUCCGGUUUCUCGGUUUUUCCCAAGCUCUAACCUAAUACUCCCGUCCUGUUUAGAACACUUAAAUUAUUUAAAGGCACCCACAUCCCACCCCAGUCAGACCUCCGUGUUGAAGCUGACUGACGCCUCACUGCUCGGGGCAGAGCUGCUCGUGGGAGUAGCAUGCACUCCUGCUGGGGCGAGGAGCAAGGGCAGCGCAGAAGGGCAGGACAUAUGUGGUUUGCUGCUAACUGCUUUCUGCUUUUCAAAAUUAUGACGGCCUCUGCCUGGGUCUGAGUCUAGACUAGGAUUUAAGCUGGUAAAGGAAGAUGUUGGUAAAUCCUCUGCUCAGAAAUCAUUUGUCAUAUUCCUAUUUAAGGAUUAAAGUUAUUAACUUACCCUUUUUAGAAGCUGACCCAUUUAAGUAUUACUUUUCUGAAUUCUAGUUCUCUUUAUUCUUAAUGUCUUAAGAUAGUUCUAACCUGACAUCAGGAGGCUUUGCCUUCCAUUACUUUUUUUUUUUUUUUAAGAAAUUCUGAACACAUAUCUCUUUGCUAAACUGGGAUCCUUUAUUUUAACUCCGUUUUCAUACUGGGAAAAGGGAUUUCUUUCAGAGAGCUUUAUACCGCUUGACCAAAGAACACAUCUGAAAACGACUGUGCUAAAGUUCUUUUUUUUUCUGUUGACCAAAGCUUAAGUGAAAAGAACUUCUGGCUUUAUUAUACCCAAGAUCCGCUUACUUUUAGUAGUCAUGAGGUGUUAUAGGAAACGAUUGGGAAUAGAAUGGAAAAGAAUAGUGUGAAAGUUUUGCAUGUGUCUUAUUUUUGAAAUCACUCCUUUUGUUGGUAAGAAUUCUCAGUCCAGACUCUUGGGCAUCUUGUUGUCAGCUGUGGUAUGUAUGUGUGGGUACAUGUAGUAGAGGAUGUAAGCAAUAUUACUGUUCGUGAAGUUUUGUUUUCAUGUCAUGUUAUCUUUGGUCACUCUCAGCAUCUGAGAGUCUUAAGCCCUUGAAAUAGUCCAAGAUUUCAUUUAAAGAACCAAAUAGAUAUUCAGGGACUAUAUUUAGCAUGUACAACUUGCAGUAAGAAAGAAGUUGUGGUAACCAAGUAACUAGUCCUGUAAAAUAAAGUACAUUGCUAACCUUUCCUGUACAUCUAGUUCUUCAGCAUGGAACCCCAUUAGAAUACCAGAUAGCUUUUGCAGUGUAGUUACUCUUCAGUGGUGUAGGGUUUGCAAAGUUUACGAACUUUAAGCAAUGAACUUACCCACUAGCCUUUUUAUUUGGGCUUGCAUGAAGUCACUGCAAUAUAAAAUACCAGUUACUAUGGGCAUUUAAAAUAUAUAUUCAUUAUCAUUUUGCUGGCACAAAGUUAUUUCAGGUUAGAAGUUAAAUUACAGGUUUAUUUAGAAGAGACAAAACUCCUAUGACCUAUCCAGGACCUCUACUUGCUAGAGGACAAAACAUUAUACAUGCUGAUUGUCUCUUUUUAAAACUGUAAUAUAAAUUUAGGGUCCAGUCAUAUCACAAGCAUCAUUAUUUAACCAAGCACUUGAGGCAAUACAAGUGUAUAUAAAUAAAGCCUUUGGUAAUGAGUAGAAAUCUGGGACACCUAAGUAUUGUUUAGUAACAUGGUUUAACACAGCCUAAUCCAUGAAUCUGAUAAGAUUCAAACAGGUGUCAGCUACAAAGCUGAUAAUCAGAGUCAAUAGAGGUAUGACUAAUUCUUAUCACUUUUUCUCAUCUUUUUAUUUAGCAUUGCUUUUAUCCAUUUGAGGUUUAUAAGACCUUUUUCUGCACAUCACAUUAGAAACCAGGAAAUUUAUAACUAGAGGACAUCAAAAUCACAUACGAAGAAUGGAUCAAGUGGCAGUGGCAGAUUGUCCUCCCACCUUUACUUUAAAAGGUCUACCCUAGAAUAUGGUAUACAUUCUAGAGCAAGUAAAUAUUGAAAGAAAAUGUUCAGGGGCUUUGGAGCACUUUUUAACUUUUUGCUUUGCUUUGGAAAAUUACUUCUCUUUAAAAAAACAUUCUAGUCUCUAGAUCCCCAAAGAACUGCUCGUUUGUUUGAAGAACUCAGCAUCUUAGUUCUUUAGUCAUGCUCUUAAACCUUCAUGAUAGGGUGAGGAUUUCAGAUGGUCGAAACACACUCCUUCCUCCUGGAAUCAUGUGAGGUGAACAGAAAUAACCUACACAACUACUGAGGGCUGUGUGUUUGCCGAAUACUCUUUCAGAGACCGAGGAAUUGAAUGAUCUUCCAAUGAUUUGUCUCUACAAUCUCACUCUUUGGCCUUUCUUUCUUGAUUUUUAGAAUUCUAAUUCCAGAGAAAACUGAUCUGUGGUGGUGCUGUGCUUAGAGGAUCACUAGAUCCGAUACCCUGGCUCUUGUUCAUGCAGUCUUACAUUUCGGGAGGUGACAGGGAACUUCUUCCCUACUUGGGUGAGCCUAUAUCUAAGUUUCUUAUGCCUAGUACAGUCUAGCUGAAUAUUGUAGUGUGUAAAUACACUUCACUUCCUAUUAGUGAAAACCAGGAGGAAGGAUGGCUUAUGUGGAGAGAUUUCCUGGCUUCUCAGAGAAGGAGGAAAAAGUGAUGGUAUCUACCACCACUUCCCUGUUCCUCCCCCUACCCUCCCUUUCCAAACUGAUGAGGAUCUCUGGCCCCUAGUCAUACUGGACUUGGCAGCAGCACAGAGCUGCUAAUAAUGCCGUAGGCAGUGAAAAAAGAGAAUUUGGGUAAUUCUUGUUUUGUAAGACUUUGUAGGGAUGUGGUAAAACUUCCUAGAGAAGGUUAAAUACAAUUGACUGUCACCUGAUUGUCAUGCAGAGAACUGCUGUGACCUCAUUCCUCCGCUGUGUGUCUUUCCUGCUGUUCUAGGUAAGCCAAAAUGGGAUUUAAUCUUUACUUGCUAUAACCCAUGCGAUUAGGAACGGGGGAGAGCAGUGGUUUUCCUUCUAUCUCCAUGAAGAUCAAGAACUGUUGAGCAUUUCACAAACAUAAGCCCAAAGGGCUUGGGAAGGGGGAAUUAUGAAAACCAAAAGAUUCUUCUUGGCUGCUGAGCCAGCUGUUCGCUUAAAUGCAGCCCCAGAACCUAGUUACGCUGUUAUCUGCUUUCCAUGGAAGUUCGGUGCCCAGCAGGCAACUUAAUCCAUUAAGCCAGUUAAUCAAAAUACCUUCCACGUUGAGAAAAGCAUGUCCAUUUUCUUCUCAGUUUUAUCCUCAUGAAAUCAUGAAAUGUAGUGUCUAGUCUCCUAGCCAAUUACCAUGUGCCCAGACGGCCAAAUUAGAAGGCUGGCUUCCUGCCUUUAUCAUACAGAAGAAAUACUAGGGUGAGCCAAUGAUCCCUUUGCUUUUAAUUGUAUAGAAAACGCUGUUGUCCUUUUUGUCAUUUCCAGUAACCUGUUUUUCAAGCACCCUUUGCUAUGGAUUGAGUCUUUUCUAGAGUGGAAACCAAAGGGGUUAGCUGGAGCCCUUACUGAAAAUGUUUAUUCAGUUCUGUGGUGAGUCUGCAGGUAUCACGUUCCCAGUCCACCCUUGGAAGCGGCUUGGGGGGCGGAGAGCUGUGGGCAAGGUCUUGUUUACUUCAUAGUACACAUGAUAAAUGGCCUUAAACCGUGAUUCUUUGUGGUAUGAUGAGUUGUAAUAAACUGACCCUAAAGAAUGCAAUGGCUCUAAAACUGCACUCACUGUGUUUUUAAUGAAGCUGUACCCAAAGCCCUGUUCUUUUGGAGCAGUUGUGGGGAAGUUGAACGAAAGGUAAAAACAAGAGCAGUGCCUUGAUGUCGUGCUGAGUGUCCUGCCUUGUUGCCAUCUGCAUGGAUAAGUGGAUCCUUCUGUGUACGAGGAGGCUCGUGCCAACUCAGUCUGCUUUUUUCAACACAAUUCCCAGGUUUAGGUUUCUUGUGCAAAGCUUGGUUGCUUGGUCUGAGCUUCCAAGGGAGCGUGGGACAUAAACCACUGUUUAGGGUGGAGUGGAAACUUGUCUGCACCCUAAACAUUAGGUCUUAUUUCUUCCGUGAUGUUAAACCAAUGGUUGGUAUGACAAAAAGCAUCCUUGAUGGUUCUUCACAGGAUACUGGUGAAAUCGCUGCGUCAGUUUAGCCAGCAUGUCCACACAGCCCUGACGAAGCCUCUCUGUACAAAGGUAGCUAACGUUAAGAGAAAGGGGAAAGUCAAAAUAGCUUAUGGGGAGCCGAGAUCUUAUUUUGUUGGCCCAUAGUUUUCCAUUGACCAGUUUACCUAUAACCUGGAAUUUACAAGAGGUGCUCUGAUAACCCCUCUCCAUUGCUGUAAUGCCCAUAUAAUCUGAGAAAGUGAGAGAAGGGGAAAUGUCAAUAAAAAUUUAAUGUGUUAAAAUGUCAUUCUUUCUCCCUUACCCCCAUCUCCCUUUUUUGCCAGAUGAUUUUUUAUUUCUUUCUUUUUUACUUUAUUGGAUGGCUGUGAAGCUGUGAAUAGUGGGUUGAAGUAGGUGUAUGAGUCUUGAGAAUGCAUGUCAAGAACUGAAGGGGAACUACUCGAGAUGACUUAAGAAUCAUCCCAUUCAAAUAUGUUGGUUUGCCCCAAUAAAAUAUUCAGAAAGCUG